UCUGGGCCUCUUCAGCCUAUGUAAUCCAUCUACCCUUCUAGACCCCCAACCCUAUGGGCCCACUUGCACACAUACACCCCCCCCCCACCCCGGGACAUUUAGAAUACUCUCCUUCCGAAUGACUCAUCAGGCCCCUAUCUGAAGAGUGAGAAGGUCUUGACAGCAUGUUCAUUUUCAUCAUACAUGGAGAUAAUGAGCAGUUUCUGGCCAAUAUCAAUUGCUCUGUCCUUCUGUUGAUGCAUUACACCCGCAGAAAAGUAGGGUUGCCUAAAACAGACACCAUUGACUUGUGUGAUGAAACGGGAACAAUGAAGAUGUUUUUCGUGCUGAAGACUCCUGGAGACUAUGCCAGCAAAUUUCUUACAGCUCGAAGCACAUACUACGUUUGUAAGGUGGAGCGUGGAGCACGAGGAACCCGACUAGAGAAUGCCUACAAAGCUUUUGUGCCCCUCCUGAAGAAUCCAGAACCUGAGCUACUUGACAACUUGCGUGCACAAUGUGAUGUCAUGGAGAAGAAUCGAUUGAAAACGCUUAAAAGCCAAGAAGCCAAGAAAGUUGUGAUCGAAUCCACUGUGAACAUCCCAUCUAAAUCAACGGGAAGAUCAGAUGAAGAAGGGCCCCCUCCCCCUCGCAGGGGCCUGACCUUUAAGACCCGAGCAGACGUUUUCAGUAGAAAGGAUAGACAUCGCUAACUAAAUAAAGUGGCCAAGUGACAGCAGUUAACACUA